CCCCAAAAGUCCAUCCGUUCUGAUCUCCAUUUCUGCGAUCUCUGAAUCUCCUUUUGACUUUUGACCCGCCACCACAUUAGGCCGUCCCUCCUUUCUCCGCCAUGCUCCGCUGCUAAGACCCCCGAUUUCACGACGACCCUGAAGCCGGUUUUCUCAGAUUUCGCAGCUCUGGUUCACGAUCUGGGGCGGUUUUGCUGCGACUUUCGGGUUUAGGGUUUCGAAGGGCAUACGAGAAUGCCUUCGGUGCCCACUCACCUCCUCCUACGACCCUCGGUCCCUAACUUGACUUCCUUCCACGGCGGCUCUUGCUCUCAUCGUCUGAAACGUCUCGAAAAGGGUGAUCGGCGCGGUAAUCUUAGUUAACAUUCGGUUUUAAUCUCACUUGGGUUCGUUUAUCUUGUGGCUCUUGCUCAGCUUCCCAGUUUGUAGCGAAGGUUAGAGAGUUUUCGUCGAGAUUUCUUCGAGAAAUCUGAGGUUUUAGGGUUCGAAGAACUUUUUGUUCAGGCUUUAAGAAAUUUGAAGUCGUUUUGUCAGAUCUUGGUGCGAAGGCUUUCUUGCUGUUAACUUUUUUCGAGAAUUUGUAAUUGUAGAUGGACAUAAGCUCUCCUCGUGGGAAAUCGGUGUUGCGAAAUGUAGACAGUUUGCAAGGUUUGCAGCCCUCUGUGAACCAAGAGCAAAUUCGUACUAGUUUGCUUGAAGAUUAUUCGGUAAGCGGUCUUGUAAGUGCUGUCGGUGAGUCCUUGAAUAUCAGCGUUGGAGAAGUCUCGACUGAUGUUAAAGAUGUUGGAAGAGGGUCGACUGAUAUCAAAGAUGUUGGAAGAGAGUCGACUGAUGUCAAAGAUGUUGGAAAAGAGUCGAGGAUUGAUGUUAAAGAUGUUGGAAGAGGGUCAAUUGAUGUCAAACAUGUUGGAAAAGAGUCGAUUGAUGUCAAACAUGUUGGAGAAGUGGAACAUGCUUCUGAUGGGUAUAAUACUAUUGGUGUGGAGAAGAGAAACACACAUGAAGAUCCUAAUGCACAGCAGGGAAAAGUCACUCGAAAAUGCUUGAACAAGUGUGCAAUCUUUCCUAAUCCUACUGGCGUGCUCUCUCCUAAUGCCUCCGCAAGCAUAGUAAAGGAGGAACCUAAAGAAGCACUAUGCGGGGAUGAACAUCAUCACCAAGCCUGCUUGUGCUCGGUGUCUUUGCCUGCUCCUACGAAGCUACUUUCUGCUCUGAAAGGUAGCCGGGAGAAAGAGGGCUUAUCACCCGGGAAACUUUCUGUCACUUGGGCCCCUGAUGUGUACGAUCCGCCUGCUACAUCAAUGUCGCACACAGUUACAGGCAAGAAACAGCAGAAGUCAAAGAACAAGAAGAAUUGGAAGAAAGAUGGAAAGAAGGGGCAAAAGAGCAGCUCAUCACGAGGAAAAGAUAAGAAGCAAUAUCGCAAAUCUGGGGCUUCUGAGAGGUGUCACAGAUCUCUGGAUCCCCGUGAAACAUUGGUCGACCCAAACAAUGGUUUUGGUGAGCUUGUGGUAGGCAGCCCAGACCAGCAUUCUUAUUGUGGGAGCUCCUUCUUGAAAAAUUCGCUUACUAACGUGCAUUACCCAGUUGCUGAAGCCUUGUAAGCAAACGUAAUAUCACAUCCUACGCUGUGUGCAUAUAAAUAAGUCACUAGAGACAAUGUUAUGUUUAUGAGUGUCGGAGAAAACUUGGAACAAUGUGCUACUCUAUUUGUACCCAGUGUGGUGAUUUCUUUAUAUGUUGUAUCGUUGCUAUGCUUCCUUCAGAGCAGCGUUUUGUAAUUAGUAUUACUGUGUUUGUGGCAUGCAUUUCUACUGUGAAUCGGCUUUUCGCUCUCAGAAUGCUAUCUUCUUUGGUUGGCCC